AUGGAGCAGGAGAUACGAAGCAGCGGGCCGGUCAGGGUGCAGAGCUCGCUGUGCUUCUCCGGCGCGCUCGUCGACGGCCCUCGGAUUCAGCAGCUGCUCCUCCACUGCGCCGCCGCGCUGGAGUCCAACGACGUGACGCUGGCGCAGCAGGCCAUGUGGGUGCUCAACAACAUCGCCUCCUCGCAGGGUGACCCCAACCAGCGGCUCACCUCGUCGCUGCUCCGCGGCCUCGUCGCGCGCGCCUGCCGGACGUGCGGCUCCCCUCGCGGCGCCGGGAGUAUGGCGGCGCCGCUGCUAGGACGACGGGCCAUGUCCGUCACGGAGCUGGCCGACUACGUGGACCUGACGCCCUGGCACCGAUUCGGCUUCACGGCCUCCAACGGCGCCAUCCUACGCGCCGUCACCGGCAGGGACGCCGUGCACGUCGUCGACCUCGGCGCCACGCGCUGCAUGCAGUGGCCCACGCUCAUCGACGCUCUGUCCAAGCGGCCCGGUGGCCCUCCGGCGCUCCGCAUCACCGUGCCGUCCGUCCGCCCCGCCGGGCCGCCACUGGUCGGCGUGUCCGACGAGGAGCUCGGCCUCCGGCUGGCCAACUUCGCCAAGUCCAAGGGCGUGCAGCUGGAGUUCAACGUCGUCGACAAUAAUAAUAAUAGUACGAACACGCCAUCUUCAGCUCCCGCAAAGCCGUUGACGCUUAGCCAGGAGCUCCUCGCCUCCGUCCUAUCCGACCCGCCGGCGCUGGGGCUAAGGGACGGCGAGGCGCUCGUGGUGAACUGCCAGAGCUGGCUCCGCCACGUCGCGCCGGGGUCGAGGGACGAGUUCCUGGACGCGGUCCGGGCGCUGGGCCCGUGCCUGGUCACCGUGACCGACGAGGACGCCGACCUGGACUCGCCGAGCCUGGCGGCGCGCAUCACCGGCUGCUUCAGCUUCCACUGGAUCCUCUUCGACGCGCUCGACACCUCCGCGCCCAGGGACAGCCCCAGGUGGCUGGAGCACGAGGCGGCCGUCGGCCAGAAGAUCGAGAGCGUCGUGGGCGCCGACGACGGCGAGCGGUCCGAGUCCGGCGCCAGGCUCGCGGACAGGAUGCGGCGGAGAGGGUUCGCCGUCGUGGGGUUCGGCGACGGCGAGGUGGAGGAGGUCCGGCAGCUGCUGAGCGAGCACGCCACCGGGUGGGGCGUGAAGCGGGAGGAGGACAUGCUGGUGCUCACGUGGAAGGGCCAUGCCGCCGUCUUCACCACUGCCUGGGCACCAAACUAA